GCCGGGGCGGGGCCGGGGCGGAAGCGGCGAUGGAGGAGCCCGAGAUGCAGCUGAAGGUGAAGAAAGUCACGGACAAGUUCACGGAGAGCCUGUACGUGCUGGCCAACGAGCCCUCGGUGGCCCUGUUCCGCCUGCAGGAGCACGUCCGCAGGUCCCUCCCGGAGCUGGCCCAGCACAAGUCGGACAUGCAGAGCUGGGAGGAGCAGAGCCAGGGAGCCAUUUACACCGUGGAAUACGCCUGCAGUGCCAUCAAGAACAUGACUGACAGCACCGUGUACUUCAAGAGCAUCGACAGCCUGCUCAGACACGCCAUAGCCAUGAAGGAGCAGCUCAACACCGCCCAGGGAAAAAGCACUGUUGCCCCCCAGGCCAAGAAUCCUCCAGCCAGCUCCUGAUUUCCUCAAGACCAACCAUCCUGUGCUGCCUUUCCCAGCCCAGCUCUGCUCUCCAGCCCUGGGAAGGAACGAGGAACCAGCUGCCCAAGCUGUGGGGGCUGCACAGGUAGAGAGGCCCCCCACCCUGUUCCCAGUGGGAAAAUCCUGCCUUAGGCUGGUGCUUUGGAGGUCCUUUUUCCACAGCACCUGCCCAAGGGAAAGGGCCUUGCUUGGGUUCGUCCUUUCCAGUCCUUUCUCUACCUCUUGGCCACGGAAAUAUCUCAGAAAAAAACCAACCAAACAAACAAAACAAACCCCAAAACUA